AUGGACUCCGAAGAUGGCGAGUUCUUUGUCAAACAACUAGCCAGCUUCGUCCGCACACACGAGAAGGCGCUGGCAAACGCCCUACAGUUCCAGCGGAGAGAAACUCGCCAUCGGCCUUCGCAGAGCACCAGCUCCGUUUCCACGGGUCCCAAGUCGCCGUCCCUCCCCGAUCGGCCGGCAACAUCCUCCUCCGCCUCAACGCUAGCAGCUACAUUUUCACUGGGUGCCCUGAACCUAACCUCGAACAAUGUCAAGUCAGCCAGGUUGGCUCUCACGCCUCACCAUUUAUUCUACCUGCUGUCUCGAUUCGAAGAACUCGGUAUUGCUGUGGGUCCCAUGAAGGUUCGCCUGGAGAACUUGCACGACACGACGACAGCCGCCAACUAUGUCUCAUUUCUCGGGGAUACCCAGAGGUCUCGGAGUCGGGAGUCUGACGUAGGCUCAAUACGGUCCGUGUCCAGCGUCCGAAGUGUCAUGUCCGGCAUGUCGGCUCUGUGGGCCAGUUUGGGCAUCGGCGCGAGCAUAUCUGCUGCUCGAACUGAACGUCAGAAGGCUGCGGUUCAGUCUGACCUGAAAUACUUGUACUCCGCCUUCACCAAGAUCCCCUGCCUCCGAUUAGCUCCUGAUUGGCGCGCCCGUCUGAUAAGGGGCUACGAGGAAUUUCCGUUUGAUUCUGCCGUCCCCCUCUAUAUCUUCAAGAAUCUCCAGGCUUUGGAGGUUAGCAGUAUAGACUUUCGACAGUUCUUUGGCUGGGACCGCGUGGCUGAUCAACUUCGGUCUCUGACUCUGAAACGAGCCGGGAUCGAAGAUCCCGCCGAUAUCCUGAUCGACAUCGUCCUGGAUGACAUGGACAAACGCCGGCGCCGAACCUCGAAGACUCAGUCUUCUCCAGGAACCUCAUGGGGCUUUGCCGGCAGUUCCCGUCGUGGGUCUGUUGUGCCCCCGGCUGAGCUCCAGCGAUCCAUGACUGCGCCAGGCCUUGGCGAGACGAGGUUAUUAACUUCUGAAGUGCGCGUUGGGUCAUUGACGCCGAGUGAACAUGCCAUUGAAGACAGCAGUGCCUCAGAUACUACACGCCCGUACGCUGCCGUCACAACCAGCGACGAACUUUCAAAGUCGCCUGCCAAGUCUAGUCGGCCCCGCAGCAAUUCGCCGUCACGCCCGAGCAAUGGCCGCAGCCAUUCCAAUCAGCUUCGCUCCUCGCAGCAACGCAUCAGGCGCUCUGGCUCGGGAAGCUCAAAUUCGAGCAUGUCCGACUCAUGGCACCAUCAUGGCAGAGGUAGUAGCUCUGGCAACACCCUAGUUACGGGCAUCCUUCCUGCAACAAAGUGGCGCUUCCUUCGCCAUUUGAGCCUGGCCGACAAUGCGAUGACCGCAAUCUUGCCCACUAGCCUAGCGCCGUUGUCCAAUACGCUGUAUUCCCUGGAUAUCUCCUCCAACCUGUUCACCCAGAUCCCCGACAGCCUGGCAACCUUGACCGCGCUUCGCGCUCUCAAUCUCUCGCAUUGUAUGAUCGACUCGCUGCAGUCUCUGACGCGCAACCCCUUGCCCGCAAUCACGGCUUUGAAUCUUCGGGGCAAUCGUCUCUCGUCCCUAGCGGGUGUUGAGAAGCUCUAUCCGCUUGAAAGACUUGAUUUGCGAGACAAUAACUUGACUGACCCUUCCGAGAUCGCUCGCUUGACAGGUAUACCUGACAUCCGGGAGAUCUGGGUUGAAGGGAACCCUUUCACGCGGACACACAAAGACUAUCGCAUUGCAAUCUUGAAUCUGUUUCGCAAAACGCCUGGGUACACUGAUGAUAUCAUCAUUGAUGGAACCGGACCAGGAAGCAACGAACGUCGCUAUCUGGUGGAACGUCCACCGAUGCCAGAAUCAGUGCCAGUGGUGAAGCCCAAGGCUCCCGAGGUUCCUACCGUUGACGUUGCAAAACCAACAAUCGUAUAUGGAUCUCCCCAGAGUCCUAGCGGUCGUCGCGAACGCCCGGUACCGAAGGCCGUCAUGAGCGAAAUCAACACGGGCUCUACACGAAGAAAGAAGACACCCAAGCGUCGCAUUGUAGAUCUCGCUACCAAUGAUCUAUCCGCUCCAUUGCCCGGCGAUCACCCGCAGCAGUGCCUCGGGGCGAGCAAGCCACCGCUGUUCGCCCGGUACCGCAGAGAGAUUCCAAUGAUCCACGACCAAGCUGGCAGUCUGGUCAGAGUUGGGACUCUGAUGCGCAGAAUUACCGACUGA